AUGAAAGUGACUAGGGCGAUGGAGUCAAUUCUACAAAAAGAAGAUAUGAAUUGUGAGGAAGAAAACGACAAUGAGGAAAUACCGAGAAAUCACAAGAAUCGCACCAUCCAGGUUGCAGCAGUCGACGAGGCGAGCGAAGAGACCCGAGGCCUGGAGCAAGCCAUGGAUCAUAAACUCAACAACAAGUUGGAUAUCAUCAACGCAGAAGUUCUCAUAGAGUUCAGAAAGUUGAAGGACUACAUGGCAGAGGAGGUCGCAAAAAUAACGGCCCAGUUGACUCAAGAGUUGCCGCAAGCGCGAGAGGAGCUCACUCAAGCACACCAGACUGCAGCUAGACGCCAUGAUGAGAGUUCAAGAAACCACAUCAGGAACGAAGAGGAGGUAAAGAAAAUCAAGGAUAUCGUCGAAGCAAAGAAGACACCGGGUGCAAGAGUCCUUCGAGACCAGCUGUACCCAGUCAAAGUCGACAACGUCAACCGUACGGUUGUCAUCGACCACGAAGGAAAGAUCCUUCCUGGAGCCGCAGAAGCCCUGGGCGAGGAAAACGACGUGCAGAUUGCCAAGCUGACCUAG